AUGAUCAUACUCUUCUUCAAGAUCCUGUUACUGUUGUUGUCUUUUGUUGAGUUUUCCUUUUGUUGCUUUGCCACAUCGCCUGUGACGACAACGACGAGAUCAACAACGACUCCAGCAAGCACGACAACCAGUACUUUGACUUGUAUGAGUUGCCCGACGGACGUUGAUCAAUUCUAUGACGAUACCGCCACGUGUGAUGAGAUUAUUGCCAUGACUGCUCCUGGCACCAUUUGCACUUCGGUCGUCCCACCCACCGAUCCAACGCUGAACUUUGCUAUACAGGAAGGUGGCUGCUUUGAAAUGGAAAUCAUUUGCCCAGCUGGUUCAAGCAUCGGCAUCGCCACUCCGGGAAGCAAUGAACUUGUCCUUCUCACCACAGAUGACUUGCCUUCGGUCUCGAUCGUUUGCGAGAUGGGGAACUAUUUUUUCCGAAUCACUGGAACAGCUAAUGCUGUUCAAGUUCAAUCGAUCGUCUGCUUCUCAUCCACUGCGGAUGUCCCAAUCUUGUUAGAGAACAAGCAAAAGAUUCGAGACGAAAACUUUUCAAAUUCCCCGAAUUCCACAACUUUCGAUGAUGACCGGCUUUUCAACGCUACAACUGAGGAGUCGUUGGAUUCAUCCGGAGAAGAUUUCCCUAUCGAAAAUUCAUCCGAUCUCUUCUCAAAAACCUUAACAAAACAAAUUCUAACAACUUUAAGUCUAGAAAAUUCCACAAUUGCUGAAGAUCAAGAAGAUAAUGCUUCAGCGCUGAAGUUGAUCAAGGCUUUCAAGAAAUUCAAGAAAUUUGUCCCUUUCCAAAAU